UAGUCACAAAAUCACAUUGUUUUAAAUGACGCAGAAUGACGUGUUUUCGUAUAAAGACCAGUCAUUAAAGACUUACAUAAGCGGGGAUACGUAAGGUUUCUUACUCUGUGGUAUUUAAACACAUCAGCUCAGUCCCGUUAGGUGAUUCAGCCUUAAAGCAACCUCGCCACUCGGCAGCCAUCUUGGUAACGUCUGCAGGUACUUACGUAGCAUUUUAAUUUAGCUUUCGUUUAUAAUGUUCACGGAGGGCGAAAAACUCCACGCACAGAGUCACCAGUCAAGGGUUAUAAAAGCGCUUUACGGGGUUACUGACCUUUAAAAAAAGAGACAUCCAAAUUCGUUUUUCUUUAGAAAAUGCGUUACCAAGGUGACUGUCACAUAGCAAUACUUUGGUUUUGAAGUUUAAAUCACUUCUGAUUUUACUUAAUGACGUCAGGCAGUAAUAUGGCAUAAGUAAUGUACGAACAGCUGUUUCUUAAACACGUGUAAAGCGAAACAUGCAGAAGAACUCUGAAAAGCUGAUGCUGAUUUGUGUUUGAAGCAAUGUGAAUAAUUAAUACAGGAGGCGGAAAUGGCUUCUUAAUUUGAUGAGGGCAGACUUACCCCCCGACAGGACGAGAGAAGAGUCCGACAGAGCUGGGUAUGUGGUCUGCGAACAGCAUUUCAGGCCAAACGACAUAAACUCAAAGAAGAAAACGUCUGGCUCCUGAAGCCAUCCCCAUUCUUCUGCACACUAUAAAGGAGGAACAGAGAGAUUUGGAGAUGCUUCCCACUGAUGUUCCUGCUCCAGUGCCUCUGCGAGACACACCCCCAUAUGAACAGGUCAUGGCAAUGUUUAACAAGCUGCUGGCAGAGAAGGAUGAGAAAAUCAAGGAUCUGAAAAGCAUUCUGCAGAGAGAGAGGGCCAGAAUGCGGCUGAUGAAGUUCCGUAUGAACAGCAAAAUCAGAGAACUGAAAAGAAAACUUGAACAGCAGCAGAACACUAGCGGUGACCAAGGCGAUCAGCUGACUGCUGCCUCCGACUGCCUUCCACAGGCAGCAAAGGAGUUUUUUGACAAGCAAAUAGCCAUGGCCAGGGUGAGGAAACACGGCCAGAGAUACGACAAGAAACAAAAGGACAUGGCAAUCCAGCUGUACAAACAGAGCCCAAGCUGUUACUCUGAACUCCAAAAAAUGUUUCAGUUACCGUCUUCAACCACUCUGAGGAGGCACCAGGUGGUCAGUCAGGAAGCGAGUCCAGACACAGCGGGUGACCCAGAGAGAGGUGAGGAGGAGAAACUUGCUGAUGUAGCUGGAUGGGUGGUGCAGAAAGUGGCUCAAGAUCCAGAAGUCAGUGCUUGUGCCGAAUGUGAAAGUUUGCUUGUGGAGACCAAUGACACUGAGCACAACUAUCACACACAGAUGGAGAAGGAUGCCGUCUCAGCUGUGAAGAAAAGCCCAACCUCUGCCAGGCUGCUUCAUCCAUCCGAAGCUUUCAAAGAAUGCAUUUCCAAAUGUGACGGUGUCAUCCAAAAAAUCCCCCCAAAUGCAAUGGCCCCGAAGAAAUUAAAGGCCUCCCUCAGAGCCAGCGGUGCUUUCAGUGAGCUCCACCGCAUCCAUCCUGCCCACUCAAAGGCCAUCGAGAGGGUUGCCUUGAAUAAAUAUGUAAUGUGCAGGGUGGUGGCCGAGCUGAAAGAAACAGCACAAAACAGAAAACGCACACAUGAGAAAAAAAGUGCUGCGUGUCAAGAGCUAAAUGUUAGCACCCAUGAAGUAAAUCAGGACUAAAUAAAUAUCAGAUGAUGUUAAUUUGAUAAUAAAUUAUUUUAGGCCAUUCUAACUUGUCUGUGUUGUUUCAAGCUUUCCUGCACUUGACCUAGAUGGAUUUAGUUUUUCAAUUUCAGUUCAAUUUUGUAUAGCGCCAUGCCUCAAGGCACUUAUUGUAAGCUAAAGACGCUACAAUAAUACAAAGAAAACCCCAACAAUCAGCCGUUUCAGUCUCCAUCGCUGUAUUUUAGCUGUCCGGUGCGUGUAAGUGUGUGUGUGAAGAAUCUCUAGCCAGAGAAAACAUGAUAUAAAUAAUUUAAAUCAGUGGAA